UGACGGCGGCAGCGCGUCUGCGGACCGAGCGGCGCGGGCCGGCCAGCGAGGAGCGCGCGCCGCGGACGGGGACGGCGGGCCGAGCGGGCGGGCGGCGCCUGCGGAGAGGCCGGAGCCGGCCUGCGUGGGGCCGCGCGGCGGCGGCGACUUCCUCCGGGCCGGGCCGGACAGCGCAGGGCCAUGGCCGAGGCCGCGGCUCCGAUUUCUCCCUGGACAAUGGCAGCUACAAUCCAAGCGAUGGAGAGGAAGAUCGAAUCGCAGGCUGCCCGCUUGCUCUCCCUGGAAGGUCGAACGGGGAUGGCCGAGAAGAAGCUGGCGGACUGUGAGAAGACGACCUUGGAGUUCGGGAACCAGCUGGAGGGCAAGUGGGCCGUGCUGGGCACGCUGCUGCAGGAGUACGGGCUGCUGCAGAGGCGCCUGGAGAACAUGGAGAACCUGCUGAGGAACAGGAACUUCUGGGUGCUGCGGCUGCCCCCGGGCAGCAAGGGGGAGGCCCCCAAGGAGUGGGGCAAGCUGGACGAGUGGCAGAAGGAGCUGUACAAGCACGUGAUGAGGGGCAACUACGAGACACUGGUCUCCCUGGACUACGCCAUCUCCAAGCCCGAGGUCCUGUCCCAGGGCGAGCAGGGGAAGGAGCCGUGUGGCUGGCGCCGCACAGCCCCCAAGGUUCCGGAUGCUCCCGUGGACCCCAGUCCAGGCUCGGCGCCCCCCGUUCCUGCCCCCGACCUCCUCAUGCAGAUCAAACAGGAGGGCGAGCUCCAGCUCCAGGAGCAGCACGCUCUGGGGGUCGAGGCCUGGGCGGCCGGCCAGCCAGAUAUCGGGGAGGAGCCGUGGGGCCUGAGCCAGCUGGAUUCCGGAGCGGGAGACGUCUCCACGGAUGCCGCCGCUGGCGUCCACUCCAGCUUCUCGACCACGAUCCCGCCCACGUCCUGGCAGGCGGACCUCCCCCCACACCACCCCUCCUCUGCAUGCUCAGACGGGACCCUGAAGCUCAGCACGGCGGCCUCCACGGAAGCAGAUGUAAAAAUUGUGAUCAAAACUGAAGUCCAGGAAGAGGAGGUGGUGGCCACCCCAGUGCACCCCACCGACCUGGAGGCCCACGGGACCCUCUUUGGACCAGGCCAGGCCGCAAGGUUUUUCCCUAGCCCUGUCCAGGAAGGCGCCUGGGAGAGCCAGGGCAGCUCCUUCCCCAGCCAGGACCCUGUGCUGGGGCUCAGAGAGCCCGCCCGGCCGGAGCGGGACCUGGGGGAGCCCAGCCCCGCCGUGGCCCAGGAUGAGACCCCUCCGGGGGACUGGCUCCUUGGGGGGGUCCGGUGGGGCUGGAAUUUCAGGUGCAAACCUCCUGUGGCUCUAAACCCGAGGACUGGGCCUGAGGGGCUCCCCUACUCCUCCCCUGACAACGGAGAGGCUGUGCUGGACCCAGGCCAGGCCUCGAGAGCCUUCAGUGACCCCUGUAAAUACCCGGGCCGGACCAAAGGCUUUGGCCACAAGCCGGGCCUGAAGAAGCACCCGGCUGCGCCCCCUGGCGGCCGACCCUUCACCUGCGCCACCUGCGGGAAGAGCUUCCAGCUGCAGGUGAGCCUGAGUGCGCACCAGCGCAGCUGCGGGCUGUCGGAUGGGGCGGCGGGGGCGGCGGGGACCGCACGGGACGGCAGCGCCCUGCGGUGCGGGGAGUGCGGGCGCUGCUUCACGCGGCCGGCCCACCUCAUCCGGCACCGCAUGCUGCACACGGGCGAGAGGCCCUUCCCGUGCACCGAGUGCGAGAAGCGAUUCACUGAGCGCUCCAAGCUCAUCGACCACUACCGAACCCACACGGGCGUGCGGCCCUUCACCUGCACGGUCUGCGGCAAGAGCUUCAUCCGCAAGGACCACCUCCGCAAGCACCAGCGCAACCACACGGCGGGCGCCAAGGGCCCGGCCCGGGGCCAGCCGCUGCCGCCGCUCCCGGCCGGCCCCCCGGACCCUUUCAAGAGCCCUGCCUCCAAAGGACCCUUGGCCACCACAGACCUUGUGACCGACUGGACUUGUGGCCUGAGUGUCCUGGGACCCACCGACGGCGGGGACCUGUGAGGCUCCCGAGGAUGGCCAGGGCUACCUCAGCCCUCCGAACCCCGUGGGCGGGCCGCGAGUGUAAAAAGUCCCGUUUCCAGACGUCGGGGUGGUGGCGGACGCAGAGGCGGGAGCGGAGACUGGGAGACCAAACCCCCAAGCGGCCGAACUGAUGGCCGGAGGGAGAGAGACUGUCGGACAAGACGGCUUCCGCCUCUGAACAAAGUGGACUUCUCUGAUUGUGACACUGAGCACCAUAGAAUUUUAAGUAAUUUAAUUAUGAAACUUUUUUUUUAAUUCUCGAAGAAGCUGGAAAAUAGUCGUAGUACCCGUUUAAACUUUCUAGCCUACUUUUGGUUUCUGGAGCGUGUGUGUAUGCUGUGUCCUUACCAGGUCUGACGGGGAAUGUGCUGGAAGGGCGGCGGGGCUGGGGGCCCAGUGAGGAGGGACCCGCAGCUCCCCCGCCCCACGGGCUCCUGGGGACGGGGCAGUGGUAGCAGGAGGCCUGGGGGGUUGUGACCUCGCAAUGCCAGGGUCUGGGCCGGCCUGCGCCUGGGUCUCCACGCUGCCUGGGAACCGAGGCCCGCAGGGCGCUGGAACCCAGCCUCACCUCGUCGGGGAGGAGGACUCGCCCCAGAGCAGCCACCUCCCCUCCCAGCCCGCCUCUCCCUCCAGAGGCCCCCAGCAGUGCUGGCCCCUGUUUCCCUGUUAGGGGUCACCGGCCACCCCCACUCAGAAGGGAGCCUGACGGUGUCGCCCCGAUGUGCGACUCCGGGCCUGGGACAGGAGGGAUGUGUGAAAGCACAGGGCCAGGGCUGCAGAGGUGACCUGGGGUGGGGGGCAGUGGGGGCAUCACAUCUGGGCACCAGUGGGGCCCAGCACACAGCCUGGCCUGCCAGCGCCGCUUGGGGCUGCCUUCCCCUCCCCAGAGAUGCUCCUGUGUCCUCUCUGUGUGGCGUGUUUUCACCGUCAGAGGGCUUUCACACCGCACCUCACACGGUGGUUGUGCCGGUGACCUCGCAGGGGUCCCGUGAAACACACAGGGCAAGUCUUUCUUGUUAGAGACGAGGAAAUUACUCAGAGGGGACACAUCUCGGCCUCGCGGCGCGGGGCCCGGUGCGUACCAACAGUGGGAGAAAGCCUCGGGUCAGACACGGCUUACCCUCCCAGAGCCUCAGUGUGGGCGAGGAAAGCUUUCGUUUUCGCCGUUUAGGAGAUCGGUCCCCCGCGUGCAUGAGCAAAAUCGUCGGGCCUCAGGCCGCGGCUGAGCCCCGGCCUCCCUGGUGUGUGCGCCCUGCAAGGCCCGAGGGCCAGGGCCCGGGCGGCGCCUGCCCGUCUCUGCUGCAGACCCUGGCAUGGCGGCAGGCACAGGCCCAGGCUUCUCCGUGCUGCCAUGGUCCUCGCCACGCAAGCAACCACUCCUGUUUUGUGGAAGCCGCCGCUGGGCCCCUCAUCCAGAACGGGGGCGCCUUGCUCCCCCGCCCCCAGAGGAGAGGCCAGGCUGCUGUUCACCCAGCUCCCCCGUGUGUACUUUUGUUAGGCAGUAGACUAGUUAAGAAAAUUGUUUCUAUGUACUGUAUAUUUUGUACCUGUUUACACCUCUAAUUGAUAUAACUGAUAUUUUGAAAAAACCAAUGAGGAAGCGCCCUGUUAAAAUAAAACCUAACCAGCACCGA